CAUACGGGUAUAUGUAGCCAAUAUUAAUUUGAACAGAAACGAGGUGAGAACGUAUCGGGAAGAUCUCUGGGUAGUCACAGAAAAAGACAGAAGAGAAAGACAGAGAAAAACUCGGGCCGUGAUCUCUUCGUUUAGCUAUGGCUGACGUAAAAGAUUUUGAUGGUUUAGACCCAAUGGAAGACAGCACAGCGGCAGCACAAUCUCACUCGUUUACGGCACAGUCUGUUGAAGUUGCUUCUUGUUCAGCAGCUAGCGCUGCCACGGCCUUUCAAAGAAGUGACCUCAUCAACCUGACUACUUCCGGGAAAGACAGUCCUCUAGUCUCUUCCGUUCGACGAAAGCCAGUGGCCCAUGAAAAGCAGACAAAUUCGACAUCUCACGUGCCUUCUUCUUCUGCAAGAUCGCCAAAUGUCAGUGGCAGCGGUUACGUUCCGGGAUCUUAUUCACAAAAAGUGAAGUCGAAUACUCCAGGUUUUUCGUACAUUCCCGGAUCUUACAGCCAGCAGAGGAGACAUCAAAGGUCCACACCUACUCACUCAAAACCACGAACUGCCUCAAAUCUUAAAGUUAGCACAACAUCUACACCAUCAACAGCUACAGCUAGUUCUUUGAUUAAUUUUGACUCUCCGCUCUACUCAUCACUAUCUACAGAAGCACCAGCUGCAGAACCUGCAGUCACUAUGAUGGAACCGUUCAAGUUACCAACUUCUGAAAUUAAGUUACCUUUCUCUGUUACUAAGUUAGCUGCUGCUGAAACUAUGUUACCUUUCUCUGAUACUAAGUUAGCUGCUGCUGAAACUAUCCCCAACUUAUCAGCACCAUUUGCUAUGCAUGUAGCUAACCCCGCUGCAACAUUAGAUGAUCCAACAAACGUUGAUGCAACAGAAGCGCUCAUGAAAAAGCUAUCAGUGACAGGAAAUGGCCAUCAAAAUAACAGCAUGAAAGAGGCAAGACGCCAGCCAGCUCUCUCGGCAAUUGAUAUCCUUACUGCAGCUGGAGUUGACAUCAAUAUUGAUAAUUUAGAGGCUACUCAUGAUGGGAAGGCACCUUUGGAACUUGUGGGAUCUUUUCUGACAUGUGUCAUGAACCAGAAAUAUGAAGCAGGACUGAUUCUCUGCCAACACGUAUUGAGGUUUGAGCCAGAAAAUGAAACAGCAAGAGAAUUCUAUCCUGUAAUUGUGGAAAAGAUACAUCGUGAAUCCUUUGGUUCUGACAGUAACAGUGGUGAUAGCUCAGAAGAGGAAGAGUCAAGUGAGGAUAGCGAUGAGUCAGACAGUUCAGAAAGUGAGUCUAACUCGGAAGGUAUAUCAAGUAGUGAACAGGAAGAUGAAGCUGUCAAUGAACACAUGAGGAAUGUUAGUCUUCCACCUACACACCCUUCUCAGUAGCCAAGUAUAGUCAGAAAUUCAUUGAUUGAGUUGAGUUGUAUUUGUAUUUGUAUGUACACACAGAGCUUGAAGAUAAUUAGUUGGUUAAUCUA